AUGUCGGCCGCUCCUUCUGCCAGCUCGGCGCCCGCCCCAGCUCCAGCUCAAACUCCAGCUCCAAUUCCGACUCCAACUUCAACUCCAACUUCAGCACCAGCACCAGUACCAGUACCACCAGCCCGCAAGGUCAAGUUCGUGGCUUCAGAUCCCAGUCGAGGCGGACUUCCCGUCAAGCGCAGGCAGGUCCAGCAGGCCUGCGCUGCCUGUCGUCGCAAAAAGCGGCGUUGCCUUCACGCAGAAGAUGCCCAAGAGGAAUCCGCGUCGGACGACCCGAGAGGGCACGAUUCAUCGCCAUGCCAGAUGUCUCCAUCGGCCUUGCCGUCGGUUGCUACACCGCGAAUGAGAUCUACAUCCGUGAUGCAUGAGAAUGGAGCUGUGCAUCCCACACAAACCAGCGAGCAUUCCCCUUGCUGCGAUCACGACCACCAGCACCAGCGCCAACGCCAACACCGCGAACACCACCAACACCAGCCUCAGCAUCAACAUCAGCAUCCACUUACAUGUAGCUCCUCAUCGCGGCCUGCUAAUCUCAAGCAGCAGUCAUCCCGCUUCGUGGGUGAUUUGAACCCCGAAGGCAUGUUUCUCGAAGCGACCGCCUCGGCUUCAGCAAGAGUCUCGUCUCAAAAGGGCGAUGUUGGCAUUUGGCUCUCUUCGGGCGCUUUUGGUGCCUCGGGACAUUCUUCUCAGUUCAUCACCUCGUGCCCACCCCCGAUCAUGGAUCGCUUCCUGCUACCAUUCGUCAGGGAGCAUUGCCUCUCGUGUCUUCCACCUUCUCAAGACUUGACUCAACUAAGAAAUGCCUACAGGCGCAAGGUUCAUCCAAUCUUCCCCGUCCUCUCACUACCCGACCUCGACAACAACCUUGAUCAACCAGGCAGUGUAGUUCUUGCUCAACUGGUUUGUCUCGCAGCGGCCGCCGACCCUGAACUCACCCGACACUUUCGUUUGCAAAAUCGCGGUCCCGGCUUGCUUUCUCCUCUGGACUUCUCCCAAUCUCUGUCCUCGGCUGUGAGAGCCAUACUCGAAACAAGCCUUAUUACAGAUCGUGUCUUGCACAUUCAGGCCUUGAUUAUGCUCUCCUUGUAUACCCAGCCGACGUGUGCCGAGGAGGCUGACUUGCCAGCCCAACUUGGUGGCCGAGCGAUUCACCACAUUCAAACCCUCGGUUUACAUCUCUUACGAUAUGAUGCGCCAAACUGCCACGAUUUGGAAAACCUGUUCUGCUGUGUCUGGGCACUGGACCGAAUCAAUGCAGCCGAGUACGGCAGACCGUGCCUGAUCCACGAACGUGAUAUCGGGGCUGAUCUGGAGGCUUGCAUACGAAAACGACCGCCGUGUUUCCGCCUCUUCUUGUCAGUUGUCCAGUGGCUCGACCAAGUCAUAGAACUGUACCGGCCUGGUCCGAGUGCAGAGGUUUCGGGGCUGGAAAAGAUUGCGUAUAUUGACCUCCCUGUGCUAGAGGCAAUGAUUGUCGACGCGGAUGCGCUCAAGGUUCCCUCUUCCCUUAUUGCAACCAUUGAAACCUUUUACCACGGCGUCAUCAUCCUCUCAUGCAGGCUCCCUCGCCCAGGAACAGUCCCCGCCGCAUCCACUCUACCACCUCCGUCUGCGAAUGCCCGACGGUCACUCGCUGCGGAACGCAUUGCCUGCGCCGUGCCCAGAGACGACCUGAGCCCCAUGCCUUUUAUCCCGUAUUCUGUGUCCCUGGCGUUGAGUGUAGAGUACCGGAAGAUGCGACACAGUAGGUUGCCCAUGUUUCGCGCCCGAGCCAUGAGCUCCUUCAAACGCAACUGCGAGAUGUUGCGGAAAUACGGACGCCACUUCUGGAGCGCCAACGUGGUGGCUAGCUUGGGAGAACGUGUCUUGAAGGAGGUGGAACGAGCAGCCACCACGUUGACGACGAGGGAACAAAGUCCUCAUGCACCAGAUGGGAGAUCAAGGUCUACGUCGGCAGGCUUCCAACCGGCAAAUGUUCGACGAGGCGAAAUGCAGACCGACAAUCCUGCCGCGACUACUUCUGCGUAUGGUUUUGAUAACGCCGUUGACUUUUCUUUGAUCGAUGCCAUUUCUGGCCAAGAUGUCUUUGGGCACAUUGACCCUAGUUUCAACCUGGACGCCGUGGACGACGCUCUGGAAGCAAAUCUGGAUAUCGGGCUGCCACUUAAUUGGGGUGAUUGGGGUCAGUUUGCCGCCAAUUAA